CGGGGGAGUCCGUUGCAUACAUCGAUGCCACUGACUGCGAUUCCGAUCCAGAGCAUGCCGAAGGCCGACUUAGAAAGCAACUACUGUGUAAUUCCUACAAUCGAGACAACCGCCCGGUUAAGGAUACCAAAUUUUCGGUGAACGUUUCGAUCUCACCGAUGCUGAUUAGUUUCAAUUAUGAUAGUGACGAUAACACGCUAAACAUAAAUAUGGCGCUAAUGAUGCGCUGGACAGACGAAUUUCUCAAAUGGGAUGCAAAAGAUUAUGAAAAUAUAACCAGCUUGAUCGUGCGGACAGAUGAAAUUUGGAUCCCUGACUUUCGACUCUUUUCAUCCUACUACAAACCGGACACCGAGAUGAGCUGCACCAACCCGCGCUGCUUGACCUUCAACGAUGGCCAGGUUACGUGCGUGCCGGCCUGCGAUUUUACAGCGCGGUGCGAGGCCGACUACACCCGCUGGCCACUGGACUCGCAGCAGUGCCGGCUGUACUACGGCUCCUGGAUGGAGCACUCGGACGAGGUGGACUUUCACUCGCGGGUCAGCUAUCUGUGGUCCCAUCAGACCAACGCCAACACCCAGUGGCGCAUCGUGUCCAGCAAGGUGUCCAAGCAGACGUUCGCCGGCAAGGGUAACGUCACCUACCCGACGCUGGUGUACGACUACGUCAUCGAGCGCCACUCCAGCUUCCAUCUGGCGGCACUGUUUACGCCCAUUUUAAUGUUGCUCUGCUUGAACCUCUUCAUCACGUGGGUCAGCACGGAUUGCCUGGAAAGGAAGGUUCUGCUGGCCGUUUCAAUCUUUUGUCACUUCCAGUUUAUGGCCCUGCUCAAGUGGACGGUUCCCAAGAGUGGUGACUCUGUUCCUGGAUUAUUGCUCUUCUUCCGCAACUCGCUGAUAAUCACGUGUUUGCUGCUGAUCCACACCGCAAUCGGAACGUGGGUCAAGAAGCUGAACCGGGCACCGCCUGCUUUGGUCACGCUGUUAACAGGCACUGCCAUGAAGAACAAAGUAGGCGAACUGUUUCUGGCUGGGGACUAUAUGAACGUUGAGUAUAAGAAAUCGGAAGUUGAGCAAAAACCUGCAAUCGACUCGGAACACCACACGGUCACCUGGGAGGCGUUCAGCAAAGUUAUGGAUCGCGUGCUGUUUAUCGUUUAUCUGGCCUCGUAUGGUCUGUUUUGUGUGAUGUACAUUUCGUUUCAGUACGCCAAGCAAGAUAACUACGAGCUGCACAUCCUCGGAUACAGAGAUAUCAAUCAAAUUGAGGAAAUUUUCGAAAUUGAUGGGUAGAAUAAAUAUUAAAAUCUGGCAUGGCAUGAUAAUAAAAGAAAAAUACAAAGUUUUCAUAGUAAAUAUCGAGUAAAUCGAGUGUAGACUUUUUCACAAAAUUUAAAAUAAAAUUAAAAGUGAAUCAA